UACAAGCGAAGGACGAUGGCUUGGCAUGCAUAACUCGUAUGGAGCCCUAAAGCGGCGAGGCCGCUAUGCCGUAUAAGGAGUCAGCCACCGAGUUAUGCAACGCAGGGAGGGACUAUUGGCAGGAUAUGUCGGAGGUAUACGACAUCUUCCAAGGAUUCACACUCCUACAGCCGCGAGAAAUAGAAACACACAAACAGCAAAUAUAUUCGAUUGGAAUGCCGUCUUACUACGCAACACCAUCCGUUCGCAUCCCGGAGAGGACCCAGCGGAAGGCCAUGAACCGCCGGAUAGAGCACCUCUCGCGGCAGCCCGCGGCCUUUCGCAAUCCUCUGUGGCUUCAACGGAAGUCAAGUGAACGAUAGUGCAAUGGGAACAAACGUGCAUUAUCCGACCCAUUCGACCCCGCACGACUAAGUUAAGGAUAGCCGUCUAUCGAUAGCUGACGAGCCCUUAAGCCGGGAUGACGACGGUUAGUGAGACUUGUCUCCAGACUUUCCCCUUCAGAAUUCAA